AUGGUUGUCACGGAAACGAAGAAAUCCCAAGCCAUUCCUGACAAGGUGAUGGAGAAAGCCUCCUUUGUCAUGGGUCAGGCCCUCACUCACUACUGUGAUAACCUCGAUUUGCAGAAUCACAUUGACUACAUUCAGGAGAAGAUGGGUGCCUUCUCCUUGGCAGUGGCGCUCAUUUACCAGAUCAAAUUUGUUAUUCAGAAGUGCAGGAGCACCAAGAGGGGGCGACCAAGUGCUGCCUCAGGGGCACAUCACCUGACAGUGCUCCCAGGUGAGCAUGGGGCCUGUCCUGGGCACAAACAGGGGUUGCCAUGGCAAUCCAUUCCUGGGCUCCAGGCGCAAGCCUUCUGCCAAAAACAUGGCUUAAUGUUUGAGAUAAUUGAUCUGAGAUGGGGCAUCCAUGCCGAUAUGGACGCUGGCCGCCUGGCCACCACCCCUCUCCUCCUUGAGGAGAUCAGACGCUGCCAGACACUCUCCGUGGGUCCCAGCUUUGUUGCCUUGUUGGGCAGUCAGUACAGCAACUGUUCUGCCCCUCCGAUCAUCCAGAAGCAGGAAUUUGAGGCCUUCAGGGCCCUCCUCCUAGAGGAGCCCCACACCUUGCAGCUCCUGGCCCAGUGGUACCGGAAAGAUGAGAAUGCCGUCCCUCCUGUCUACGUCCUCCACCGUCCGCUCCAGGCAAGCCUCAUCCAAGAGAAAAGCUUGGUCUCGGCCCUGCGCAGGGCUGCCAGGGAAGCAGAGAGGCAAGGACUCCUCAGCGGAGAGCAGCAUCAGCUUCUCAACAAAUCAGAUCUGCACUGGGAAAUUGAGGCUGGCCUCUUCAGCGCUGGAGACCAUGACCUAGGGGCUCUUGUUUUCUUCAGAGAAGCAGAGGCUCUCAUAGUACCCGAGUCAGAUGGAGAGACCUCACAGCCGGGGAAGAAAAAGGCCGAGAACACCCCAGACUCUGAGGACCAACAGAUGUUGGCGGACCUGAAGGCAAAAAUUGCAGCCUUGCAUCCCAAGCAGCUCAGAGUGCACACAGUCUCACGCAGCUGGGACCCCACACAACUCCGGCACAAGCCGCAGCCCAAGUACCUGAAGGAGCUCUGCGAACAGUUCAUUGCUGCCAUCAACCAUCAAGUGUUGGCAAGCCUGAGAUCCCAAGAAGGCAGCCACAGAGAACCACGCUGGCUGCUCCAGGAGCUGGCCCACCACCAGGCUCUGGGCCACAAGCAGAGCCAGGCCUUCUGUUGGCAGCAGGCACUGCUGGGCCACAUCUGUCAGCGCAUGAAACAGGAUGGCAACAGAGCCCAUGCGCCUCUCCUUAUCCGAGGGCCACCAGGCUGCGGAAAGACAGCCUUUCUGUGCCACCUGAGCAAGGCCGUGCAUGGCAGCUUUGGGCAAGAGGCAGUGGUGGUGCUGCGGCUGUUGGGGACUUCCCAGCGCAGCUCUUCUCUUGAUAGCCUGCUCUAUAGCAUCUGCCUGCAAGUGAGCCUGGCGCUGGGCUUGCCGCUUCCAUGUGCCGAGGGGACCAGCAGCUCAGUCCUACUCUUCCACCACCUGCUUCUCUCAGCCUCUCACCAGGGCACAAAGCCGCUCAUUAUUCUCCUGGACUCUGUAGAGCAGCUGUGCAUUCCCAGAGGUGCCUGCAUGGCCUUCUGGCUGCCCAAGAUCUGCCCUCCAAACGUGCACCUCAUUGUCUCCAUUCUGCUGGCAGAACAUAACUCUCUGCACCAAGCCCUCAAAGUACCCGAGGAGUAUUUUGAGAUGGGGCCUCUCUCUCAAGAGGAAGCCAGGGAGGCACUGGCCAAACAUCUCGCAGCUGCAGGGCGGACACUAACCCCUGCCCAGCAGGCUUUGUUCCAGCAGAGCUUCCCAGAAGGUGGGCAUGCUCUGCCAGUGGCACUAGUCAUUACUGAAGCCCAACACUGGACUUCGUACACUCCGCUUUCAGCACAGGAGAUUUCACUCUCGGUCACAGAGAAGACACAUCGGCUCUGUGGGUAUCUGGAACAGGUCCACGGACCCAUUUUGGUGGGGCGUGCCCUGAGCUACCUCGUCUGUUCCAGAUCUGGGCUAUCAGAAAUAGAGCUGAAAGACAUUCUGUCCCUUGACAAUGAGGUUCUCUGUGAGAUUUACCAGCUCCAUCCUUCUCCAAGCAUGGCAGUCCUGCGUGUUCCACCCCUCUUAUGGGCACGGCUGUAUCAAGACUUGGAAAAGUGGUUGGAGGAGAGGUGGGCUGACGGCUUCCUCCUGAUGGGCUUUGGACACAGGGAGUUUUUGGUGGCUGUAGAAGAACGCUACUUGUCUGCUCCAGUGCAAAGAACCCAGCGCCACCUGAUCCUGGCUGACUUCUUCAGAGGGACUUGGAGCUGGGGGAUGAAGAAACCAGUGAAGCUCCCAUCCUCCAGCAAGCCUGUGAGCGUUGAUAGGAAGGUCACCCCUCAGCCUUUGUGGUUCUCCAGCACUACUGCAAACCAGAGGAAGCUGAGUGAACUGCCCUUCCAUUUACUGCGGGCAGGGCGGAUGGAGGAGCUGCAACGAGACAUUUUCGGGAACAUGAACUGGAUUGCCUGCAAGACUGUUGUUUCCGGAGCGGGGAGCGUGGCUGAUGACAUCGAGGCUUGCCUUGCACAGACCAGCUGCCCUCAGCUGCGGCUCUUGCAAGAUUGUUUCCUGCUCCUCCAGCCCCACGUGAAGAACAUGGAGGGGCAGGCAGAAGUGAGCAUGGUCUACACAGAGUUGCUGGCACGGCUCCAUUUCUUUGUGCCUUCCCACUCCAGUCUCAUUGGGAACCUGUGCCACCAGUGCGAGAACUGGCUUGGUGCCCGGCCCCACCCAGUCCUCAUCCCUCUCUGUGGAUUUCUCUACCCACCAGAAGGACCUCUGCAGAAAACACUUGCAGGCUCCCCCAAAGGCACCACCGUGCUGGAACUGAGCCUAGAUCACAGGCUGCUCUUGGCUGGCUCCCAGGACGGUACACUGACCGUGUGGGAUACGGGCAAUUUUUCAGUGCUGCACAUACUCACAGGCCACUCUGCUGAGGUGACGUGUGUGAGGGUAUUUGCAAAAGGGACACGUGCUGCCUCGGCUGCCCAGGAUCACACUUUGCGCCUGUGGAGUCUGGUUUCUGGCCAGGAGGAGCUCACCAUCCACAACGUCCAUGCUGGAGACCAGCCCUGGAGUCAGCUUCACAUUGACGAGAAGAACAGCAUCAUACACUGGGUAUCCAGCUCAGAGGUCAAGGCCUGGCACCUGGAGACAGCAGUACCAGCUUUCCAGAUUUCCACAGAGUCUCAGGACGGAUGGCUCCUCACAGCAGUCUUUGUGCCAAGGCUGGUGGUUGUGACUCUGUCUGAGAAGGGAGCACUCUGUCUGUGGGAUGGCGGCACUGGACAGCUGCACUCCAAGCGCAUGCUUGUGGGGCUGCGGGAAGAGGCACCCACUUGUAGCGUGCUGCUCACAAAGCUGGGCAGAAUGAUGGCCGGCUUCAGCAAAGGGGCCCUCCUGACGAUCUCCUCAGACGGAAACAGCCUGCUGGGAAAGCUCCCUGAGGGAAUUCGCUUCCUAGUGCUUUCAGAGGACGAAUCUCUUCUUGCUGCAGGCUCUGGGCCACGUGUGAGGGUUUUCUCCAUCGAUCUGAAAGGAUUCCACUGUCUCCUGGCCUCAGACCUGAUGCACACUGGGGAGGUUUGUGCAGCUGCCAUCUCUGCUGACAACACCACACUCUUCACAAGCUCUUUUGGGGAAUGUAUCUGGGUGUGGAGUCUAUCCAAGCAGGGUUUGCUGACCGAUGUUUUGGGAGAUACUGGGGCUCCCAUCACACACCUGACUCUCUGGGACAGUACACUGGUGUCGGCCUCUCUUUACACACAUUACCUCAGAGUUUGGAACAUUGGCUAUGACCUCAGGCACAAACCGCUGCCUCCUUCUAUGGCUUGCACAAGGUGCACAGCACUAUCUCACAACGCGAAGUAUGUCUACUUCCCCCAAAGCAACAAUAGUUGCAAAGUUGUCAUCUGGAACUCAGAGGAAGGUGAGGUUUGCGAAGUGCUGGAUGCUUCAGGGCCCGUGCAGUGCUUGGAAGUGGCUGAGCAGAGAAAUCUCCUCUUUGUUGGGCUGGCAUCAGGAACAGUGCUGGUGUUUCCCUUGGAUGCCAGUCAGGAUGCUGGAUGCAUCCCACCUGCAGAGAAUCAAAAGCCCAUCCACCACCUAGCGCUGUCACAACAUGAGGAACAGCUGGCCAUUGCGUGUGAUAACCUGGUGCAGGUACUUGAUAUGGAGCAGGGAGAACCCGGUCCUCUGAUCAACCGUCCAGCCUACACCUUUUAUACUCAGAUCCCUGGUGCAGUCAUCUCCAGCAUGGCCCUCUUGGCCAGAUACCGGGUGCUCUAUGGCAUGACAAGCGGGGAGCUCUUCCUUUAUGACUGCUCGCAGGCCCAAGUGUUCCCCUUGGAAGCACACAACAGUCAAGUCACCUGCUUGAAAACCAGCCACGCAGAGAAAUGGGCUGUGAGUGGCUCAGCGGACUCACUACGGUGCCUCUGGGAUGUGGAUCUCUGCCACUGGAAGCACAAGAUGUUCUUUCAGAAGCAAGACUCCUCCUCACACGACGUUUUGUGUGCCUGCUUCUCCAAGGAUGACCGGUACGUCUUCACGGGGUCACUGGAUCAGUCCAUUACAGCGUGGGAUGUUUCCCAGGGUGAGCAAUUCUAAAAGUUACUUAUUAGAUUAGGAAUACUAGCAGGGGAGACAAGUGUUACAGCCGAAUGGUGUGUGGCUGUGGGAACAACCAGGAUAAGCAGUGAGGGGAAGGCAUACAACAUGAAGAAUCCUAUGCAGCAUCACUUGAAUUCCCUGCUGUGACGCAGGCCACACCUUGGCAUCUCCCACAGGGGCUCUGCUGGCAGUUCAACUUGUGCAUACAAGCAUUACCAGGAUUGUGCCAACAGGAGACGGUUUUGUUGCAACAACAAGACUCGGCUACCUCAUCCGAGAGAGAUUCCACUGUCCCCGGUCCACCAGCCCUCUCUAUGACCCACUCUGCAAC